AUGCGUUCAUCGGCAGCUCUCGCUCCUCUAGCUUUCUCCGUGGCUGCGGCCUACUCGUUUGACCCACUCGAACAUCUGGCCGGCAUUGCUCCAUACUUUGAGCCUGAAGACCCUCCGUCUGACCCAGCUCCGCCUCAAGGCUGUAACGUCACUCGCGCUGCCUAUAUCGUUCGUCAUGCAGCAAUCUACGCCAACGAUUUCGACUUCGAGAGCUAUAUCGAGCCCUUUGUAAUGAAGUUGGGCAAUACGACUGCAGAUUGGAGCAAGACGAGAGAUUUGAGCUUUCUGACGACAUGGAAGAGCCCAAUUGAAGACGAGGAUCUCGAGGACUUGACAAAGGUCGGCGAGCUUGAGGCCUUCAAGCUCGGGGUUCAGGUCAAACAAAGAUACCAAUACGCGAAAGGCGGAAAGGGAUUCAACAAGCCAGGAAAAGUAUGGGCCAGCACGGCUGAGAGGACCACAAUCAGCGCACAGAGUUUCAUUGAUGGAUACACUGUUGGCCAGAACUCCACAAAGCUUGAGGGUAUCAGUGAGGCCAGCGAAGAGGGUGCAGAUAGUCUGACGCCCCAUCAGACGUGCCCCAACUACAGCGGCUCGCGGGGCAGUGAGCAAUCUGGGACCUACCAAAAGAUCUACACCAAGCCCAUCGUUGAGCGUCUCAAUGCCCAAGCCUCCGCUUUCAACUUUACCAUGUCCGACGUGGUCGGAAUGCAGCAGCUCUGUGGUUACGAGACCGUCAUCCGCGGUGAAUCGCCCUUUUGUUCCCUCUCCCUCUUCACACCGAACGAGUGGCUCUCCUUUGAGUAUAUGAACGAUAUCAUGUACCAUCACUCGCUUGGCUACGGCUCUCCAGGCAUUUCUGGCGCUCAAGGCUUCCCCUGGACUAACGCAACCGCGCAGCUGCUUCUUGCGCCGGCAAACAGCUCCGACAUCCAGGAUCUGUAUGUAUCCUUUGCUCAUCGUGAGCUACCACCAAACGUCCUGGUCGCACUGGGCUUGUUCAACAACACCGCAUUCACCAACUCGUUGGACUACAACGCAACCAUGCCGCUGACUCAAAUCAGCACCAAUCGCGUCUGGCAAUCGUCUCGUAUCCUCCCGUUCUUGUCAAACAUUGCCAUGGAGAAAUUGAGCUGCGAUUCCUACGGAUAUGAGCCAGGCGAGUUUAUCCGAGUGCUGGUCAACCAGGCCCCGCAACCGCUACCGGGCUGUGUGGAUGGUCCGGCAGAGAGCUGUGGGCUGAGCGGGUUCCAGGAGUUCAUCAAGGCAAGAGGCGAGAUGUUUGGCGACUUUGACGGCUUGUGUGGCGUCGACUACAGCAACUCGACGAACAUACUGUCCAUAUACGGACAGCAAUGA